CAAAGUAUUUGCUUGAUUUGUGAUCUCCUAGGCUCUCUCAGAGCAAACAGUCCAAGGUUUAUCUCCCAGAAGAGCCUUUUCCUCAUGCACACCUUGUCCGUAACAAUAGACUGAAGCAUUUUUCUGGACUUAAAGCAGAAGGCUUCAGUAAUGAAUUCCGAACACCAUGCAUAGUAUUUGCUGGUCACCCUUCACUACGUUUUGGUGAUGCUGUCCACUUUAUGGAGCUGUGGGGGAACUCUUCAAACAAUGUGGUGGUUUUUACAGAACCAGAUUUUCCAUACCUUGAUGCUGUUUCACCAUUCCAGCCUCUAGCGAUGAAGGUGUUUUAUUAUCCAAUCGAUACAAGCCUUAGCUUCAGCCAAGCAAACAAGUUGAUCCGAGACUUGAAACCUUUGCACCUUGUUGCGCCAGAAGUGUACACAACUCCACCAGCUUUGCAGAGACAUAGAUCUGAUCUGAAAAUUGAAGCAGAUUGUCCACUUAUUGCAUACAAAAGGGGAGAUGUUUUACAUAUUCCUCUUCAAAGAAAGUAUGAGAAAAUAGAAUUGGAUCCAGAACUAGCAGCAUCUUUAACACCCACAGAAGUAAAACCAGGGGUUGCCCUAGCAACUAUCACAGGAACUCUAGUGGUAAAGGAUAAUCGGAGUCACUUAAAGCCAUUACUAGAACCAGAUGGACAGGUGCCUGCUACCAAGAAAAGAAGACAUGAUGAGAGCAGAAAUCCUACAAGUUACACUUGGGGAAGCCUAAAUAUUGUUCAGUUUGUUCAAAAGUUGGCCAAGGCUGGGAUUAUUGAUGUUAAAGUAGAAGAUAGCUCAACUGGUUUUGUGGUUCAUUUGCAAACAGAAGAUACUUUGAUCCAGGUGGAAGAACAUUCAACUCACAUCUACUGUGCUGGAAACUCCAAACUUCGACCAACUCUUAGAGAUACCUUAUUGCAAUGUCUUAGUAAAUUCUAACUAGUUCUACUGUAACCAGUCUGUAAUACUAUUAUCAACGAGUUUAAACGAGUUCUGCAUGAAAUUUGCAGAUGAGCUGUGAUUAGAAGAUAGUUUCUCAACAGCUUUUCUGUUUGAAGUCAUCACAGAUAGAAGAGGACCUAGCAUUUACAGUUGUUUUCAGAAAUAUUCCACUUGAACAAUGGAGACUUCAGUUCCUGGGAGAGUUGUGAUUGUGUAUCAGUUACUUUUCUUAAAAAAAAACACCACCCUUGUAUUGUUUUAAAUGUUUUCAAUAAAUUUCAUGAAUGGACUUUGGGAAUUUUAA